AUGGCUGCUUUAACUGUCCCUUGCACACAAGUUGAUCCCGAGCAACGCGCCGGGUUGAAGGACAUGGGGAAGAUGGAAGUUGAUGUAAUAGAUUUCAGCCGUAUGAAAAGCCCAGCUUUAGAGGCAUUAUACAAGCUGAACGGUGGUGGCACACGCCAGUCGGAGGUACCCAUCAUGUCGAUAAACGCCAAACGCAGUACCCAUAGUGUUGUCCUCCCCUCCACCACGACGAGCAUCGGUCUUCGCGCUUCCUCCAUUCCUUCUUGCUCUACGCUCCUAGAGCACGUCGAAGGCCACGAUCUCUCGAGCGACUCAAGCUCGGACCCGGAUUCCGAGUCUGACUGGUCCGAUAUCGACUCGGACCAAGACUCGAGCUCGGACGGCGAGGAAUGCGACGAGGCUGACCCCUGGACGAAGGCCUCGCGCCUCAACGUCACAUCCUCGGCGACUCCAGACAAUACGCCGAUCCUACCAAAUGAGGCGCAUUCCACCUCACCCUACACCAUCUCCGCCGAGCUACUUUCGACCAGACUCUCGCAUCAUACAGAGAGACAUAUCAUCUGCUGGACUUGCGGUGUCACUUUGAAGCACGACCCUGGCUGUCGUAGGAAACACGUCCCCUCCAAAGUUCGGGUCCCUCUUCAACCUGCACGCGAGAUGGCUUUCCCCAAACCCCUGCCUGGCAUCCGCGAGUGCGAAUUCGAGCUACCUGAACCCGCCUCGCUUCAAUUCUCCCAAUCCUCUACCUUCAUGUGCACGCAAUCUGCGAGCAUGACGAUGUUGGCCCGCAUCGCGGCAAAGGACGCGCAAGCUCGGGAGAGCAUCUCGGUCGCUACUACGACGACGCGGAUGAUCGCAACACCGGUCGAAUGUGCCGUCAAGUUCAAUAGAUAUCUCUGGCGUGGACUCACACGCCCCAACACCUCCCUUCAUGACCAUACAUCCCGACCUGGUCUAUUCGACAUCUUUCCCCACAUCACGCUGGUCGAUGCGGUUGCAGCUCAGUGCUGA